AUGAUCCAUAUCUUGCCUGACGCAAGCUGAAUGCCGGAUUAUACGACCACUGCUUUCCGUUUCCGACCCAAUCCGAGGGAUUAAACCAUCCCUCCCCCGCCUGCUUGUUCCUUAAGCAAGCCAGCGACGAGAUAGGACAGCUCUUCUUCGCCCCUCGGCCAGCACGCCAACGAAAACGCGUGUAGACGAAGCUUCCAAAGUCCCCGCCCUCCGUCUCCUUUAUAUAGUCCCCGCCACCCGUCCCUCUCUCCCCGUCCCUCUCCGUUUCAAACCUGAACCUUCUCCCCUCUCCCUGUCUAUUCUCUAAUCUCUUUCUUUUAAUCAAAGCAUCUUUAUGUAAGUUUGGCCCAUCAUCGUCAUCAGCUCUUCUUCUUUGGAAAUGGCAGCGAAGUGCUGGAGGUUCAAGAGGCUGAACAAGGACUACCGCUGGCCGUGGAAGCUCCGCUUGUCCACCUCCUGGCGGUGGAAGCGCGUCACCAUUCGCUUCUCAUUCUUCGACGAUGUCGUCUUCCACGUCCUCUACUUCCUGGAGGCCAUCGUUCUCGUCGCCGCCUUUGGCUGCUUCUUCCUCUGCUGCGGCUGCCACUUUUAAUCCUUCCAUUAUCUCUCUUUGUACAACCAUAUCUCAACAUUCAUUUCUUAAUAUGUAUAUGAAAAAAAAGAAAAAGAUUUUGCCUUCUCUUCCUUUUAAAAAGGAAAAGCGAUGGCUUCAUGUGAUUGGAUUCAGGCUUUUAGAUUUGGGUCUGUUUGUGUGCUGUGGUGGGACUUGUAUUGUAUGGAUUGAUGGAUAGAGACAGGGUUACCCGACGCCGACCCGGCGCGAUGUUGGAUCGGAACUGGGGUGACGGGCGCCGCCAUGGCCGGACGGCUACGCCCUUAGCGUCUACGCCCGCACCCGUUCGAAGGCCGCGCGCCCAUCUCCCGAUUCGGCGCCCGGGUCGCCUUCUCCCCGUCCGACGCCUCCCGGUCCAGCGACGUCGUCUUGACCAUGGUCGGCCACCCCUCCGACGUCCGCUCCGCUAUCCUCGACCCCGCCUCUAGCGUCCUUUCCACCCUCCCCGCCGGGCGGCGUCCUUGUCGACACCAUCAGCAGCGACCCGGCGCUGGCCCGGGAGAUCGCGUUGGCCGCUCGAUCUAAAGGUUGCUGGGCCGCCGACGCGCCGUCUCCGGUGGGGACGUCGGAGCCCGGGCGGGGAGGUGGGCCUGAAUUGGCGUCACUUUCUGGGCUUAAUCUCGGGUGAUAAGGCCCUAGUGGACCGGACUCCCUUCCAUCGGAUGAUUUGGGAGCUGUUUGCGAUCGUUUUAUAGGAUCGCACGGGGAGGCGGGCAGGGCAGCAAGAUAGGCAACGAGAUCGCCGUGGAAGGGAGCCUUCGUGGACUCAGCGAAGCGUUGGUGCUCGCCGAGGAGGCGGCGGGCUGGCGAAGAGAAAUUUCUUGGAGGCGGUGAGGGGGCGGGGCGGCGGAGUCUUUACACCUGGGGAGUACAUGGUGAAGGAUUUGGGGAUGAGGUUGGGAGGAGGUCGAGGGGAGAAAGAUGGGAAGAAGGUGGUGCUGCCGGGGGCGGCGCGGUGCCGGCAGUUGUAUCUGCGGACUUGAUACUGCCAUUGGAGGAUAAAGUUUGCACUGGAAAGUUGAAUGGAGUAUUUGUGAUCAUGUUCGUGUUUCUUAAUCUUAUUGUGGUAAGUAACACGAGAUCUAAUUGAAUAUCUUGAUGCUUCUAUCUUGCUCGUUGAUUGGUGUGAUCAAGUGUUUUGGUGAUUUGGGUAGUGCACUUAAUAUUGCUUUCCCCCGUCAAAAGAGAAAAGGUAAUGUAUUCUGACCCCCUUGUUUUUUUUUCUUUUUCUGAGAACCAUGUUCUCUUCCUGUAGUGUACGUGUUCAUUUCCUCAAUGGUGGAUGGGCUUUCCCUUCCCUUUCUCGAAAUAAGAAUGUAAUGUUGUGAUUAUGUCUGUGUGCUGCUUAUUGUUGUGUGGUUAGAACUUUUCA